AUGCAGCUCACACUGUCGCCGACUGAGCUGCUCGUCACCGCCCUGACGCAUUUCCGAGCAGCGCUCCCCGAGCCGCGCGAGCCGCAUGUCCUCGACGUGCUUAUGGGCCUCGGCUUGAUUGCGCUCACCAUCCUCGCCCUUGUUCCGCCGCCCACGACCACCGUCCGAGUCUUCCGCGCUGCACUUGCGCCCCUCAUCUGCUUCGGCUGGAUGUACCUCAGCUAUGUCCCUCUUCUUCUGACGCCAAAAGAGCGUUGGGGAGCAGGGAUCCUCUUCGUCAUGUUCUCGUUCCGCACGCUGGAGAUGCUAGUCAUGACGCCGCCCGAGCAUUCCGUCUGGCGCGUCCGCAAUGGCGUCCCGGAGCCAAUCCCCGAGCCCUACACCCUCAAGAAGCUCGACUGGGCCAACUCGCUCGUCUGGAGCUGGCGCGGUGUCGGGUGGAGUUUCAGCGCGCCCCUCUGCGCUUCUCAGCUCAAGGUCACGCGCGAGCUGUCCCGGAAGAAGUACAUCAUUCGCCGCCUGAUCAACGGCGCGGUUGCGUAUCUGCUCGACGACGCGCUGGGCGCCCUCAUGCGCCGCGCUGCUCCGGACUUCUUCAUCACGAACCAGAUCAAGUACUAUGACCUCUCGCAGCUCGAGCGCGGCAUGUACAGCACCAUGGUCGUUGUGCGCACCGUGUGCAUUCUCGAGUUCAGCCAUGUCGCUGCUUCGCUCGUCUUUGUUUCUCUCGGCGCCUGGCUCGGCGACCACGAGCUUCUGUCCCCUUGGGGAUGGCCGCCCAUGUUUGCCAGCCUCCGCGAGAUCUUCUCUCACCCGGGUAUCGGCUACCUCUGGGCUAGGCAGUACAACCGGCGCAUGCUCCACGUCUGGGGUUGGGUGCUCAUUGGCGAGAAGCUGCUUGGUCUUCCCGUGUCCGGUGUCGCUAGUUUAGCGUCCAAGGCUCAGCCGCCGCAGGCCAAGGUUCUCGAGGCGGUAACGGUCAUGAACGACCAGGACAAGAAGGAGCUCAGCGGAACCGUGGACCAGGGCGGCGAUGACGCCAGCGCGACGCUGCGGAAGCGCAAGACGACGCUCCUCGAGGUGUCGGAGCCGGAUACGGCGCCAGCUACCCCUGUCUCUGGCCGCGUCUCGCCGUCGAACCCGCUGCCCAAGCCGACCAAGGAGAAGAAGACGCCCGACGUUGCCGCGAAUCUGAUCAAGUCCGCGAUCACCUUCACGCUCUCGGGUCUGCACCACGACUGCUCCUCCCUCCUCCUGCUGCUCGACAAGAUGGGUCGUGGCGAGAAGGAGCUCCCUCUGGGCCUCAUGGUCACGCCAUUCUUCAUGAUCCAGCCUCUCGGCUUGGUAGUCGAGGCAAUCGUGAAGCGCCGCUGGCGCUCUGUCCGCAAGACGCUCCCGCUGCCCGAGACUGCGCUGCGUGUCAUCGAAUUCGUCAUUGGCAACACCUGGACCUGGGUCUGGCUCGGCUGGACGGCACGCUGGUACGUCCGCUGCCUGUCCGAGAUUGCCGCGUACCAGCCGUUCCCGAACAAGCCCAUCUUCAGCAUCACCGAGCUCGCGUGGGACUACUUCCACGACGUUGUCGUGGGCACCCCCGGCGCCGCGGGCGCGAACGCGACCAUGGGCCCGGCGCCUGUUGCCCCCGUUGCGCCGUUCCAGGCUGUUUAG